AUGACGACCAACUCGUUGAGCGCAAAGAGCAGGCCCGCUUCAUCGCUUCGCAUCACUCCUUCGAAUUCUCCAAUCCUGAGACCGCCAACGCGCUCUUCCAUACACAAAGCACCGUCUCAUCAGACAGCCUUGUCCCUGCGGACAGUACUCGGAACAACCACAACUACCCCCCAUGGAUUCUCGAGUCAUGAGCAAAGCAGGUCUUUCGCCCUCUGUGCUGGCUCAGUGGCGGUACUGGUUGAAUUGGAUGACAAGGACUGUGUAAAUCAACGCUUUUUCAGGGCACGGCCCUCGGCAGCCAGUGUAAAUCCAGUUACAUCGUUCUACCACCAAUCCACGCCGCCUACAACGCCUGACAGUCGAGCAAAGUUCUCUUCAAGCCUGAGAUCGACCGCCCACAGCAAUGCUUACAAUGGCUCUCCGUGCCAUGACACGGCUGAUCCCGGUAGUCCCCGUGGUUGGUCUUCCCGCGAGAGAGUUAAGGCGGUUACGUGUACCGCAAUCAGCCCUAAUGGGGAGUUCCUCGCAGUGGGAGAAACUGGUUACAGCCCCCGAAUUAUGAUCUUCUCAACAGCGAAAGACACAUCUUCGGAAAUCCCACUUUCAAUCCUUACGGAGCAUACAUUUGGUGUGCGUGGCCUGGCCUUCAGUCCAGAUUCCCAGUAUCUAGCGACGCUCGGUGAUGUAAAUGAUGGAUUUCUUUUCGUAUGGACCAUCAACCCGAAGACUGGUUCGGCAAAACUCCACUCAACCAACAAGUGCACUUCCCAUGUCCGUGACAUGUGUUGGAUGGGUCAGACAUUAAUUACUGUGGGAGUCCGACAUGUGAAAGUUUGGAGACUUCCAGAUGCGAGGCCUGGUUCCCCUCGGUCUCGCCUUACUGUGGAGGUCCCAAGCAGCUCCCCGAGUCAGAUUCCCAAAGCAUUUUCGGGGCGAAAUUGUUUACUGGGUUCACUGGCCGAAAGCACCUUUUCUAGCGUAGCAAGCUUUUCCGAUCGGGAGUCGGUCGUAGGCACUGAUACGGGGGCUUUAUGCUUGGUGGAUGAUAGUGAGGGAUCCCAGAAAUUAUCCGUCGUUCAAUACCUGGACUUUGGCAUAACUUCCUUGGCGGUCGACUGGCACCGCUCUUGUGUUUGGGUUGGCGGAAGGGGUGGACAGAUUCAACCUUUCAGUUUCGAGAAGAUACGCUCAUCGGCCGCUCCCCUGUCUCCCACACUUUCUGGCAGGUCAUCAGCAGAGCAGGCGCUCAAGGGCCCUGCAAUAAUCUGCAUCGGUUCUCUGGGGUCUCGUGUGGUAGCGGUGGACUCGACUAAUGCAAUUGAGAUACAUUCGGGCGACGAAUUGGGCGACGAAGUCGACCAGAGAACCCCUCAAACCAUGGUCUCUGCUCACAGAGAUGCGGUGCUUGGGAUACGUGGACUCAAAACUCCGAACCAGUAUGAAGCUACUUUCUUCACAUGGUCUCGCAAGGGCAGCGUGAAGUUUUGGGACUCCCGAGGGAAGUGCAAGGAUUCGCGUGCAAUCGUUCUGGAGCAUCCCCCUGGCUGUGAUGAGGACAUUUCCAAUGAGUUGAAAGUAGUACGAGCUACGGAUGAGAUUGACCUGUUUGUCUCGGGUGAUAAAUUCGGUGUCCUAAGGAUGCUGCUAGGCUCCUCAUGGGAGCCCUUACAUGAGGUCCGAGCCCAUGGAGGAGAAAUCACUGAUAUUGCUCUGCAUACAACACCGGAUACCUGCUUGAUCGCCAGCUGUGGACGUGACCGCAUGGUCCAGCUAUUCGAGAGAAGCAAUAACAAACUUGAGUUAGUCCAAACUAUGGAUGACCACGUUGGGGCCGUAAACCAACUCCUCUUCCUUGACAACGGAGAGAAGCUCCUUUCGUCAUCUGCCGAUCGUACCAUUCUCAUUAGAGACCGUGUUAGCCGGGAGGUCAAUGGCACGCCGAUUGUUGCUUACUUGAUCACCAGGGUGAUCACAAUGAAGGCAUCCCCAGUGUCCAUGACUCUUUCUACAGACACUGAUGUCCUUGUCGUAUCUACUGCUGAUAGAUGUAUUCAACAAUAUGACCUCGCUUCCGGUCGUCAGAUCAUGUCCUUCCGAGCUAUAGAUUCGGAUGGAAAUGAUACAGUUGUCAUGAACUCGUUGACUGUGACUUCUGAUAUCUCAAAGCAGAGUUUCUCGAAGCUACUCUUCGGAGUCUCAACCACAGACAAGUCAAUACGUGUAUACGACUUGGAACGUGGCGUGCUUCUCUCAGCUGAAUUUGGGCAUACAGAAGGCAUGAGCGAUGCUUGCCUACUUGCAAAUCACUCCAAUGACUCCACCCAGUCAGACGACCGGAUACUCAUCAGCUCCGGUCUUGAUGGGCUUGUUAUGAUCUGGGGAGUAUCUGUGCUCCCUCAAUCAUCAUCGGAGCCCUUGCCAGUCCUACACAAAGACGAUGAUGCUCCUGUGAAGGAAUUGACACUUGCUAAGCCCCCUCUACGCAAGGUUUUGUCUAAAACCGAGCUUGCCGGGCUCCAACGACAGGAAAACAUGGCUGUCACCCCCACUCCGGCUCGCGGCCAUUCUCCGACUUUCUUACGGAAGCUUUCCAAGUUCUCGCUGUCUCCCGCAAAGCACGGGAAUACACCACCGCCCACUACGCCUUCGGCGACAUCAAAUCGUCGCUCCCCCACCUCUAGCGCUUGCCGAGACAAGUCACACCCCACAUCUCCCUCCUUGCAUACUUCAAAGACCGCAAGCACAAGAAAGGCUGGCAGUAGUCGAGGCGAAUCCCGCCGUUCCUCUCUUGAUAUUCGUGCUCGGGCCAGACUUUCCGGGAAAAGCGAUUUUGGAAGCCUCAACACGUCCACCGAACAAGUGUGUCGUACAUUGAAAGCUUACAGGAAGAAGCUCAAUGGUUCAGUGGGAAAUAUUCAUGCCCAGAAGGAGCUCGAGAGAGAGCUGAACCUAACUCUACGGGCUCUCAACCUUCGAAGUAACAGCAGCGAGAGCGCGGAGACUGAGACUGAAAGCAGCGGAAAGGAGAAUGAAAAAUCCCUUGCAUGA